AUGGCAAUUUUUGGUGAACAAGAGAACCUGAUGGUAUUCUUUGGUUUGGAUGGAGUACAAAGACUUGGAAUCUUUCGAUGGUUGUUAAUUACGAUGGCCAUCUUGUUGACAGUUGUAUGUCUCAUUCCAUAUCCUAUCCAAGAAUAUAUAUAUAAAGAUGAUCCUCUUGAAUUUUUUUUUCCUGUUCCCUCGCGUCCCCUUUCCCCACCUAUUAUCACCUUUUAUGUUCCUAGUAGCAUUUUUUCUUUGGCACAAGAUCAUAAUCGUAACUUUGCCUUUACCGCCGUAAUCUCACCUGACGACGGCCAGAUGUCUCCAGGAAUUGUGCUAACACCUCGCCUCACCCUUAGCGGGGAUUUCGUGUGCGUGGUGUGCGCAUGGAUUAUCACCCUGUUCGGCUCCGUGAAACUCAUGAGAAGAAACAAUUGCGUUGGACAAUUCAUCUCUGCAUUUCUGAUCCUAUUCACUUUACUUCAAACAGCAACCGCAUUGUAUAAUGUUUUAUUUAGCAAUCAAUGGAUUUUCAAAAUCAUGGGUAGCUCUUGGCAAAAGGCAUAUGAUAUGGAUAUUGAUUUGGUGAAAGAAAUUGAAUAUGAG